UCAAGGGAAAGUGAAUCCGCGCAGCGGGGGAUGCUCCGCACGCCGCUGCCAUCGGGGGCCGCGGAGCCGCUCCCGGCCUGAGCACCCCGCGGAUGCCCUUCAUGCCGCAGCCGCCCCCAGGCCAAGCCCGGAGCCCCCCGCUGCGCCUCCUGCCCCUCGGCCGGCCGUGAAAUGCUCCAGGAGAAAAGCCUGUCUGAAACCGAGGAAGGGUUUCCAACAGCCCCCGCGCCCGGCCAUGCGGACACCUCCGCCGGCUCCCCCGUCCUCGGCGUAGCCGGGGGGAGCAGCACGCCGCUCAGCAGCCCGCAGCUCCCCGACCCCGAGCAGACAAUAGAAAAUAUCAAAGUCUAUCUCCAUGAGAAGGAGCUAUGGAAGAAAUUUCAUGAAGCUGGCACGGAAAUGAUAAUAACCAAAGCAGGCAGGAGGAUGUUUCCCAGUUACAAGGUCAAGGUGACUGGGAUGAACCCCAAGACCAAGUACAUUUUGUUGAUCGACAUCGUCCCGGCUGACGACCACCGCUACAAAUUCUGUGACAACAAAUGGAUGGUGGCUGGGAAGGCCGAGCCGGCCAUGCCGGGCAGGCUGUACGUGCACCCCGACUCCCCGGCCACAGGAGCCCACUGGAUGAGGCAGCUGGUGUCCUUCCAGAAGCUCAAACUCACCAACAACCACCUGGAUCCCUUUGGACACAUCAUCCUUAAUUCAAUGCACAAGUACCAGCCGCGGCUGCACAUUGUGAAGGCGGACGAGAACAACGCCUUCGGCUCCAAGAACACGGCUUUCUGCACCCACGUCUUCCCAGAGACCUCCUUCAUCUCUGUCACCUCCUACCAGAACCACAAGAUAACCCAGCUGAAAAUUGAGAACAACCCCUUUGCCAAGGGCUUCCGGGGCAGCGACGACAGCGACCUGCGCGUGGCACGGCUCCAAAGCAAAGAAUAUCCAGUCAUUUCCAAAAGCAUCAUGAGGCAGAGGUUGGUGUCCAGUCAUGGCCAGCUGUCAGCAAAGCCAGAUGUUAACCCUCUCCAUGGGAACCACCAGAGCCUGCAGCAUUACCAGUAUGAGAAUGGUGCUCACAUGCAGUUUGCAGCUUCAGAUACUCAAGAUCUGCCACUCAACACCUUCACAGCACAGAGAGAUUCAGGGCUCUUCUACCAUUGUCUAAAAAGAAGAGAAAGCGCUCGGCACCUGGACCUGCCCUGCAAGCGCUCCUACCUGGACGCCUCGUCCUCGGUGGGGGACGAUCACUAUUUCCGCUCGCCGCCGCCCUACGAGCAGCCGAUGCUGAGCCCGUCCUACUGCGGCGAGGUGGCCCCCAGGGAGGCCUGCAUGUACUCUGGCUCCGGCGCCGACAUCGCCGCCGUCUCGGCCGUCGACGAUUUACCGCCUCCCCCUCCUCCGCUGAGCUGCAACAUGUGGACUUCGGUGGCACCUUACACCAGCUACAGCGUGCAGGCCGUGGAGACUGUGCCCUACCAGCCCUUCCCGCCGCACUUCCCCGCCGCGCCCGUGCUGCCGCGGCUGCCGGCCAUGGCGGGCCAGGGCUCGCAGCCGCCGGGGAGCGGCCCCUUCGGCGUCUACAACCAGCUGGGCCCGGCCGCGGCCCGCGAGCGCGGCCCCGCCGCCUCCUUCCCGCCCCGCGAGCGGGUGCACCCGGCCGUGUGCGAGAGGAAGCCGCCCUCGCCGCACCUGAACGCGGCCAACGAGUUCCUGUACUCGCAGGGCUUCUCGCUCUCCAGGGAGGCGUCGCUGCCCUACCAUUCAGGGAUGGGGGCUGUGGAGAACUGGACCGACGGGUGAGCCCGCGCCGCGGCCUUGCUGCUCCGGGACGCUGCGGGCAGCGCUGACGCCUGUGGGUAACUUGCACUUCGGUGAGACACGCGUGCGCUUCCAGAGGGAUCUGUGUGGGUGAAGAGCUUGUGUCCUCAGGCACACACAGAGUUCCGUCUCCUGUCUCAGUGGGCUGGAUUCAUCAGGCUCUUAGUGACUCCCAAAUAAAUUCAUUCUCGUGUCUUCAUCCAGUAGAAACCAUCUUGACUAACGAGUGACCUAGCUAGUCAUGUUCUUUUGCUUGUAAUGUCAAACAUCCGUGAGCAAAUUUUGGCUAUUUGGGAAAAAGACGAGCUUCGCUUUUACGGUCCUUGGCUGAGGAAGCCGCAGCCUCCCGAGGCUCCAAGGAAAAGGCCGCUCCAGGACUGCCGUGGCAGCGCUUCUCCAGCCGUGCUGUCCGGAGAGUCCCGCUGCUCCGGGGCCGGGCACGGGACCGGCACCGUGCUCCAGCGGCUCCCCCGACCCCACGACACCGGUCGUGGCUGUGGGAAGCAAAGUGAAGAGUUAAGUCCGAGGCCAAAUUCAUUGCAGCGUUAGGAACAUUCCCAGUGUCUCCAGACUCCCAUCCCUUGAUUGAAUCACAUUUGCUUAUUGCAAUAUAUUUAUGAAGUUUAAGCUUAAAAGUCGCUAAUACUUUCCAGAACCAAUUUCUGUAUUUGCUGGUCCUUGAUUUCUUUCGUAUUCAGCUGAAACGUGCCUUUUGUGCUGUGUUCUUUCCUUUUGCAUCUAGCUCAGACAGAAUUGUCUUCGGCCUGAAGGAGGCCUGGAGGAACAUUUCCUAAUGAUGGGUGGGGAGGGAAGAGCUCCCGUGGCCCGUCAGGCUUCACAGUGUACAGAUGUUUGCAGAACAGGUAAAAUCUUCACAGUGUACAGAUAUUUGCAGAACAGGUAAAAUCUUCACAGUGUACAGAUAUUUGCAGAACAGGUAAAAUCUUCACAGUGUACAGAUAUUUGCAGAACAGGUAAAAUCUUCACAGUGUACAGAUAUUUGCAGAACAGGUAAAAUCUGUCACCAGGGCACUCGUGGCUCCCUUUGCUCAUGGUGGAAGGUCAGGGCUGACUCCUGGCUGUGCCCUCUGCUGUCCCUGUGAGCUCCUGGGGGAUCCAUCCCAGGGUGGCUCUGAUCAUCCUAGAGAUCCUUUCCAGCCUCGGUGCUUCUGGCAGGGGGGGAAGCAGAGGGACAGAGGGACAGAGCUCCCACUGCCCUGGCCACAGAGCUCUGUCCUGCAGUGUCUGUCCUGCUGGGCUCCCAGCUGUGCCACCAAGGGGACACCGAGGUGAGCGUGUUCCACUGCAGAGCACAGUGUUCAGGCUUUGGUCAUUGACAGUGGGGUUUUAUUUCAUUGUUUCCCAGACAGGCAAAGGCAGAAAGCUGAAAUGCAGCUUUGGAGUGGGGAGCACAAACACCUCUGUGCUUGGUGAGUCCAUCCCAAGGAGGAGCCUGGUCUGGGGGGCUGUGACACACCUCCAGGUCACAUUUCAACCAGGACAGUCCCCUGCACCCACUCAGCAGAAUUCCUGGGUGGCUGCUGGGGAUUUUGUAACCAGAUUUUGGAAAUCACUACAAUUUUUGCAUGCUGAAUAGCUAUUUAUAUACAUAUAUAUUUUAUAUAUAUAUAUAUAUAUAAAAUUAUAUAUAUCACAAAUGCAGGCCACGUGUCCAAUUCAGCUUUGCUUUUAACAAAUGAAAUACUUAAUAAAAAUGAAUGUUGCAAAGGGUUUUUUUUUUUUGAAAGACAUCUAUUUAAAAUUUUUUUUAUUACACACCUUUGAUGUAAAAACUAAGAAUUGGUUAGACAAAAAAACCAUAUAUACUACAGAUAAAUCUUUAUUAGAAACCACAUUAGAUACAGGUGGUAUGGAAUUUUGAAAUGUUUGUUACAUAGCAUGGACAUUUUAUUUUACAUAUCAGAACAUAAAGUCAUUUUACUACUACAAGCUGUCUCUGGGUGCAUUUCAAUAAUUAGUAUAAAAAUGUUCCAUGGUGAAUUCAGAUGCUU